UUCCCGACAAAGUCGACCCAUCAUGAAGCUGCUGCUUGUGUGGGGAACAUGGGCUGCUCAAUCUGCCUAUUUCGUGGACGAAGUCAUAGCCCAAUCCGGCAUUACUGUACAGCCGUCUUUCUUUCCUAUCAACACCACUCGACCUCCUCCACUCACCACGUUGCCUCGUCAGGCCAAGUCGGCACCUCAGCCCACGUCGCCACCUCAGCCCACGCCAUCACCUCAGCGCACGCCGCCUCCUCAGCCUAAGUCUUCGCCGUCACCGACCUCUUCUUCUCUGGUCCCCAUUCCCAGCACUUCUUCCAUUGCUCCUCUAUCUACGCCCAUCACCACGACGGCGACGCCACCGCCAUCACCGUCUCAUGUUCCUACUUCACCUCUGUUGUUGUCACCUCCAAUUUCCUCGCCUCUACGGCAAGUCUCGUCCACAUCUACUCCACGAACGACGCAUGGGAUGGUCCCGUCUUCAUCGCCAUAUCUCGGUGCAUCUACACCCAGCCCGUCCUCCUCCACUGCUCUUCCCAUCAAGGCAUCCACAUCCAACGCACCAACCGACUCCCCGUCACUUCCUCCUGAGGCAGCUAUGAUCGAUGACUCCACUUCUCAGCCAUCAUCGACUACUUCCAGCAUAAUAAACCCUGUCACUGGCACCCUACCUACCGAAGUCGAUUCACCUUCCUCCAUCAGCAACAGCAGCAGCAGCAGCAUCGAGGCUGUGCUCGGCGUGGUCGUUGGUAUCUGUGUGGUCGUGUCCGUGGUAGUGUUUCUGGUCGUGCGAAGCCGCCGUCGGGAAGCGUCCAACCAACGCAUGACCACCGACCAAGCCGUCCUCCCUCCUGAAACCCGGGGCAAUGAGUCGGGUUGGGAUUUUUCCCCACAGCACCCCGUCUAUAUCGAUCCAGACACCGGCCUCGUCAAACGUGGCCCCCACGUCGCGCUGUUUUCUCCCGCAAGCAGUACGUCCACUCGGCCCAGCCACAUGGAGCCAUCGUUGGGAAAAAUCCCAUCGUCGAACACUACACGCGUUGGAUUCGGGGAACCUUCCUCAGCUGGGGCAAAAUCUGCCGUGAUGACGACGCCCAAGGCAAGCCAAGGGUGGGUAGCAAUGCAGCCCCCUCGACGUUUGAAUGGGAUGGUCCCAACUGCCCCUGCUAUUACUACUAGUACGAGUACUACUAGCCCCACGGAGGAUGUGAUUGUGCUUGACCAGCCCCGCUGUGAACGAAUUGAACUCCAACAAGUGCUGUCGUCGCCAGCUUCGUCGACCCAAACUACGUUUUCCUUGUAAAAUCCGUGUGAAAAAGCAAACUAUGUAUCUGUCGA